AUGGGAAGAAUCAAACCAUCUCUAGUUGUUGCUUCUGCAUUAUGUCUCUUCUUAUCGUUGGCCGUAAACGCGGAGGAUCCUUACCUAUUCUACACAUGGACCGUCACUUACGGAACCAUAUCCCCUCUAGGUAUACCCCAACAAGGCAUCCUAAUUAACAACCAAUUUCCCGGUCCCAAAAUCAACUCUACAUCCAACAACAACAUUGUUAUCAAUGUUUUCAACCAUCUCGACGAACCUCUCCUCUUCACAUGGCAUGGUAUUCAACAGCGAAAGAACUCUUGGCAAGACGGAACACUAGGUACCAUGUGCCCCAUUUUGCCAGGGACUAAUUUCACUUAUCAUUUUCAAGUCAAGGAUCAAAUCGGAAGUUACUUCUACUUCCCCACAACCUCUCUUCACCGCGCCGCCGGUGGUAUAGGCUCCCUAGUUAUUCACAGCCGCGACUUAAUUCCCGUCCCUUUUGAUUCCCCAGCCGACGACUUCUCUGUUUUGUUGGGUGAUUGGUUUCUCAAGGGCGACAAAGGGAGUAAAAGGGUACUAGACGGAGGUCGCUCGCUUGGCAGGCCUGAUGGGAUUCAGAUCAACGGAAUGUCUGGCAAAGUCGGGGAACAUGGAGAGGCCCUCGCUACAAUGGAACCUGGAAAGACUUACAGGUAUAGAUUCUGUAACGUGGGCAUGAAGACUUCAGUUAACGUGAGGUUUCAAGGCCAUAGCAUGAAGCUAGUGGAGAUCGAGGGGUCACAUACGAUACAAAACGUAUACGACUCCCUCGACAUCCACGUCGGCCAAUGCGCGUCCGUCCUAGUGACGGCCGACAACGUUCCAAAAGACUACUACCUCGUGGUCUCCACCCGGUUUUUGAAGAAUCCUCUCCAGGCCGUCCGUAUAAUCAAAUACACCAACGGUCACGAACCAGCUUCCAGUGUUCUUCCUAUGGUUCCAUUCGAUUUAACCGAAAACGACAUAGCCUGGUCGAUAAACCAAUUCAGAACAUUCAGAUGGAACCUAACCGCAAGCGCAGCCCGUCCAAACCCACAAGGCUCGUACCAUUACGGCGGCAUAAACAUAACAAAGACAAUCAAGUUCGUAAAUUCGAGGAGUCACGUUAACGGGAAACUAAGAUACGCCAUCAACGGUAUCUCCCAUGUGGAUACCGAAACCCCAUUAAAACUCGCCGAAUAUUACGGCGUUCACGACAAGGUCUUCGAGUAUAACGUCAUCAAUUCGAAUGAAUCUGAGAUUAAGAUUGCGGCGAACGUGGUAAACGCGACGUUCCGUAAUUACAUUGAGAUUAUAUUUGAAAAUAGAGAGAAGACGAUACAGGGUUAUCAUCUGGAUGGGUACUCGUUUUUCGCGGUGGCGAUUGAAGCGGGGAAAUGGAGUGCUGAAAAGAGGGUGAACUAUAACAUGUUGGAUGCGAUUAGUAGACAUACGAUUCAGGUAUAUCCGGGGUCUUGGGCGGCGGUGAUGUUGACGAUGGAUAAUGCUGGAAUGUGGAAUAUGAGAUCGACGAUGGGGGAGAAGAUGUAUUUGGGACAACAGCUUUAUUUUAGUGUUCUUUCGCCGGAACAUUCACUUAGAGAUGAAUAUAACCUUCCAGAAACAUCUAUUCGUUGUGGUGUUGUCAAGGGUUUACCAAACCCACCACCUUAUAGUGUUUAAUCAUCAUGCACCAUAUUAUUA